UUGGAGGAUGGUCCUCUAGAUGAAGAUGAGGAUGCAUUUCAGGGCCUGGGAGAGGAAGAUGAAGAGAUUGAUCAAUUCAAUGAUGAUACUUUUGGGUCAGGUGCAGUUGAUGAUGAUUGGCAAGAAGCACAUGAGCGACUGGCUGAAUUGGAAGAGAAGCUACCGGUAGCAGUUAAUGAACAAACAGGCAAUGGAGAAAGGGAUGAGAUGGACUUGUUGGGUGACCAUGAGGAAAAUCUGGCAGAAAGGCUCAGUAAGAUGGUGAUUGAAAAUGAACUUGAAGAUCCAGCCAUCAUGAGGGCAGUGCAGACCAGGCCAGUUUUGCAACCCCAACCAGGAAGUCUCAAUUCCAGCAUCUGGGAUGGAUCUGAAGUUCUGAGGCGAAUCCGAGGACCACUGCUUGCUCAGGAAAUGCCUACAGUGUCUGUAUUAGAAUAUGCCUUGCCUCAGAGGCCCCCACAAGGCCCAGAAGAUGAUCGAGACCCUUCCGAGCGUGCAUUACCAAGGCGGUCAACUUCACCAAUCAUUGGGAGUCCUCCUGUUAGAGCUGUCCCCAUAGGCACCCCACCUAAGCAGAUGGCUGUACCCAGCUUCAACCAACAGAUUCUGUGUCCGAAGCCUGUCCAUGUUCGGCCCCCAAUGCCACCACGUUAUCCUGCUCCCUAUGGUGAGAGGAUGUCUCCAAACCAGCUCUGCAAUGUCCCGAACUCUUCCUUACUGGGUCACCCUUUCCCUCCUAGUGUUCCUCCUGUUCUCAGCCCCCUCCAGAGAGCACAGCUUCUUGGAGGAGCACAGCUACAGCCUGGACGGAUGUCUCCCAGCCAGUUUGCACGGGUCCCUGGAUUUGUUGGUAGUCCUCUUGCUGCCAUGAAUCCCAAGCUGCUGCAAGGGCGAGUUGGGCAGAUGCUUCCCCCAGCACCAGGCUUCCGUGCCUUCUUUAGUGCUCCACCCCCUGCUACACCGCCUCCUCCACAGCAGCACCCCCCUGGCGCAGGACCUCACCUGCAAAACUUACGAUCUCAGGCCCCAAUGUUUAGAGCAGACACCACUCACCUUCAUCCCCAGCACCGUCGACUUCUGCAUCAGAGACAGCAGCAGAACAGAAAUCAGCAUCGGAAUCUCAAUGGUGCAGGAGAUAGAGCAAGUCACCGGAGCAGCCACCAAGAUCAUCUCCGGAAGGAUCCCUAUGCCAAUCUCAUGUUGCAGCGAGAAAAGGACUGGGUAUCCAAAAUCCAGAUGAUGCAACUGCAGAGCACUGAUCCCUACCUGGAUGAUUUCUAUUACCAGAAUUACUUUGAAAAACUGGAGAAACUGUCAGCUGCUGAAGAAUUGCAAGGUGAUGGCCCUAAAAAGGAGCGCACCAAGCUCAUUACCCCUCAGGUGGCCAAACUGGAGCAUGCCUAUAAGCCAGUGCAGUUUGAGGGCUCUUUGGGAAAGCUUACCGUCUCUAGUGUGAAUAAUCCCCGGAAAAUGAUUGAUGCUGUUGUGACAUCUCGGAGUGAGGACGAUGAAACAAAAGAAAAACAGGUUCGGGACAAGAGACGAAAAACCCUUGUCAUAAUUGAGAAAACCUACAGUUUGCUCCUGGAUGUAGAGGAUUAUGAAAGGCGUUACCUCUUAAGUCUAGAAGAAGAGCGACCUGCCCUGAUGGAUGAAAGAAAGCACAAAAUUUGUAGCAUGUAUGACAACUUAAGGGGGAAAUUACCUGGACAAGAGAGGCCAAGUGAUGACCACUUUGUCCAGAUCAUGUGUAUCCGGAAGGGGAAGAGAAUGGUUGCCCGCAUUCUCCCUUUCCUCUCCACAGAGCAAGCAGCCGACAUUCUCAUGACAACGGCCAGGAACCUCCCUUUCCUUAUUAAGAAGGACGCACAAGAUGAGGUGCUGCCAUGCUUAUUGAGUCCCUUCUCUCUCCUCCUCUAUCAUCUUCCGUCAGUGACUGUCACCAGCCUUCUGCAACAGCUAAUGAACCUACCUCAGAGUGCAGCUGCACCAGCACCCUCUAAUCCUCACCUCACUGCUGUUCUCCAGAACAAGUUUGGCCUGUCACUGCUCCUCGUCGUCCUGAGCCGUGGGGAAGAUCUACAGAGUUCAGACCCUGCUACAGAAUCAACGGAAAACAACCAGUGGACGCAGGUGAUGUUCAUGGCAACCCGAGAACUUCUGCAGAUUCCCCAGGCAGCCCUGGCCAAGCCAAUCUCUAUCCCCACAAACCUAGUAUCCCUCUUUUCUCGCUAUGUUGACCGACAGAAACUGAACUUGCUGGAGACAAAGCUGCAGCUAGUUCAGGGGAUACGGUAAAAGAUCUGCAAAUGUGUCCUGUACCUCCUUUUGGCUGUCACCUGCACUGCUGCCAUCACCAAUGGAGUGUUUGUAACGAGGGAGGGGAGGUAGCUCAUUCCCCAGAGUGUGUUGUGGGACCGAUUCCUGUUCUCAAGGGUUGUCUCUAAACGCCAGGCGUUUCCCCACUGCUCUGUGAUAUUUGGCUGGGUGAUACUUCUGCUGGUUUCCUCUUACCUUCUCUGUUACAAUUCUGCAUGUCCUACUUUUACUCAACUCUUCUCAAUUUUGCAUUUUCUUUGCCCUAGAGACACAAAUAUAAUCUCUCCCAGUUCAGAGUAGGUUGUAGUCUGCCAAAGGAUCCCUUCCAGCAUCUUACUGAAGUCGUUUUCAUUGCCCCAUAUUAAUAUGACUAUAGGAGAGCCAAUUAAGUAGAAAUUAAUAUACGUAUGCGUGCACACACACCCCUCUACAUAUGUUUCUGUGGUCUCCAGAGGCUCCUUAAAGAAUGAGUUUUAGAUGGAGAAAUACUCAGUUGACACAUCCCUCUUCUAAACACAAACCAGCUGAUGUAUUCUUGGUCUGUUUCUAGUCCUCAUAAUUAAUUCAGUGGGUUCCCCUUGUUUUAAUACAAAUACAGGGUAUGCCAGCAUAUUUAAUAAAAUCAGAACUCUUAACUGGCUGGCGCCCAGCUCUAGACUGAGAAGUCCUUGUCUCCUCCCCACUUGAGUUUCCUUUGUUUCUGUCCACCUGAGUGGAAACAGCACACGGUUAAGCCUUUUUCCUGCUACAACUACAGUGUACUUGAGCCUGUCCCCCUAGUGCGUGGAAGAUUGCCUGAGGUGAUUCUAACUUAGAGCCUGCUUCCACAGUGUAGCUUUUGUCUUCCUGAGACUACUUCAGUAAGCCAUGCUUUUACUUCUCUCCCCCAUUUUUAUUCAGUGUCUGGGAUAGAAACCUCCAAAUGUAAACGUGGAAGCUAAGUCGGGCUUGCUUUGUCCUUCACUCCCCACGCGUGGGCAGAACUGCUGUCCUCGCUGUUUCAUCUCACCCAGGUCCCAUCCCAGGGGCCUGGAAAUGAACCCUAGCAGGGACAGCCUGCUGUGACCCUUUCCUCUUGUCCCUCUCCCAUUCAGCAGGCAACCAGGAUAAGGGGUUUUGAUCCCUAGUGAUAACAGCCCUCAAGAAAAAUCUGAAUUCAUUUUACAUGACUGUCCUGAUUUACUUUUUGCUGUUCUGACCUUUUCGAAUGUAGUGGGGGAGACAGGUUAUGAUGUUUAAAGAGAAUAAACAUUUUGCACAUACAUGUAUUGUACAACAGUAAAAUCCUCCAUAUAACCAGCUGUCCUUGUCUCCAUCUCCAUUUCUUCUCAUUCUGUAGCCCUGGCUCUACCAGCUGUUCCCAGUGACAUGACUAGCUUCCUCUGCCAUUAUCAACUGAUUAUUUCCACUGGCGCCUUCCCUGCCUUUCCACUUCAUAACCAAUCAAGUGGAUACUUGAUUAGUAUUUCUUCCUCUCUGUGCUUUUUUGUUUGGUUUUAAUUAAUAAAAAUUAAAGUUUCUAAAUUUACAUUUUUAUAGGGUAUUGUAAAUAAAAACAAAUUGUAUACUU